AUGACAGUACUGCACCUCCGCUCGGAGCAGAAGCCUCUGGAGCACCGCUCUGCUCUGACCCCGACUACUGCCAAAGCUCUCAUCGACGCAGGCUACACAGUCAAUGUCGAGCGAUCGCCAAUCCGUAUCUUUGACGACGCCGAGUUUGCCGACGCUGGCUGCACUCUGGUGGACGAGUACUCAUACCCCACCGUGCCGAAGGACCACAUAAUCAUUGGUCUCAAAGAGCUCCCCGAAGAGUCUUUCCCUCUCCCACACACGCACGUGCAGUUCGCGCACUGCUACAAGAAUCAAGGCGGCUGGCAAGAUGUUCUUUCGCGGUUUCCCCGCGGCGGUGGCACACUGCUAGACCUUGAAUUCCUGACAGAUAAGACCGGCCGGCGCGUCGCGGCCUUCGGCUACCAUGCGGGAUACGCAGGCGCGGCACUCGCUGUCGCAGCGUGGUCGCAUCAACUUGCUGACCCCACGAAGAGCAUGCCUAGUGUGAAGCCGUAUGCGAACCAGGAUCUGCUUCUCGACGACAUCCGUGGGCGGCUGGCGGAGGGUGAGAAGAUUGCGGGCCGCAAGCCGCGUGUACUAGUCAUCGGCGCGCUUGGACGCUGCGGCCGGGGCGCCGUGGACCUGUGCAAGCAAGCGGGCAUCCCAGAAGAGAACAUUCUGAAGUGGGAUAUGGCAGAGACAGCCAAGGGCGGUCCUUUCACGGAGAUUGUGGAGUCCGACAUUUUCGUCAACUGCAUAUACCUCAGCGAUCCGAUCCCGCCGUUUCUCAACGCGGAAUCGUUAAGCAGUCCCAACCGCAAGCUGUCCGUGGUAUGCGAUGUCAGCUGCGACACGACGAAUCCCCACAACCCUAUCCCCAUCUACACCGAGAACAGCACAUUUACGAAUCCCAUUCUUCCUGUGGAAGGCUACAAGGAGCCACCACUGAGCGUCAUCAGCAUCGAUCACCUACCAAGCUUGCUACCGCGGGAGGCCAGCGAGGCUUUCAGCAGCGCGUUGCUCCCGAGCAUGCUGCAGUUGAAGGAGAGGAAGGAGGCUAGGGUGUGGCAGCAGGCGGAGGAGCUGUUCCAGAAGCAUGUGCAGCGGUUACCGGAAGGUAUGAGGCAGAGGGAAAUGUAG